CGCCGAAUUUCAACCCUCGCGAAUUCAACCAUCCCGCAAACUCCAGCUUUCGGUCAUCCCCCCCAAGCACCGCAACCAUGUCUCACGAAAGCGUCUGGAACUCGCGCCCCCGAAGCUACGGCAAGGGCUCUCGCAGCUGCCGCGUCUGCAAGCACAAGGCCGGUCUCAUCCGCAAGUACGACCUCAACCUGUGCCGUCAGUGCUUCCGUGAGAAGGCCAAGGACAUUGGCUUCAACAAGUACCGAUAAACGAUCAUCAUGACACCAAGUUUUCUCGGUUAAGGGGGGGGUUGUUGAGAGAGAACAAAGUAGUGGAUGGGGGAACUCUCGGCAGAAAGUCAAGGCCUCGCGCACAAAAAAGCACUCGG